GCUGGUGGCCUGGCUGCCUGGACUCCAUCGGCCACAUGGAAUGACAGGAGUGCUGGGAAUGAAGGUAUCGGAGAGGUGGCAUCUACAUCCAUCAGCCUGCCAUCUGCAUCCAUCAGUCUGCCAUCUGCUCCUCAAACGUCUCCUCUGCAGCUACAGCUCCGACAGCAUCUUUACGCCGCCAAUCAAUUUCUAGAUGACACUUGCUAUGACUUCAACUCUGACCACGCGCAUCCUUGUUACUCCGGUAAUCGGGAGUUUAGCUCCUACUCUCCGUGUCCCACUGAACGACCCCAUUUGGACUCCUACGGGUACUUGUACCAUGGAAGUCCUGCCCCGAACCCGCUCAUAGUUUCGCCGCACCUUCAUUUCGACACGUCGUCCAACUGUCUACGGUUGCCGGCGACUCAAGGCGACACGUCGUCCAACUGUCUACGGUUGCCGGCCACUCAAGUGCACCCCCGUAUGGACCAGACAGGCGCGUCGCCCCCCGACGACGGGGAGCGCCCUAGGACGGACCAACAAUCGGUCGACUCCAACCCGUCCGUUAGCGGGGCGAACUCCCCCUUCGGCAGCCCCGGUAUGUCGGGCAAGGGUCGCCUGGAUCGCCUGUGUGGCGUGUGUGGCGACAAGGCGCUGGGUUAUAACUUCAACGCUGUCACGUGCGAGUCCUGCAAGGCAUUUUUCAGACGCAACGCACUCAAGAAUAAGAAUCUAAAAUGUCCGUUCCAAGACAACUGCUCCGUAGACACGGUCACCCGGCGCUUCUGCCAGAAGUGUCGUUUGCGCAAGUGCUUCGAAAUUGGCAUGAAAAAAGAAUGGAUCAUGACCGACGAGGAAAAGUUCAAGAAGAAACAGAAAAUAGAAGCCAAUAAACUACGCAAACAGUUUGGCCAUUCUAUACCGAAUCCCACGCUGACCACAAAUGAUGUUACCUCUCAUCCAUCGCCGGCAAUUUCGCCGUUCCUUAAGGGCGAUCUUUGCCCAAGCCCUUCGUCGUCUACUGCUUCUUCUGACCUCGCACAGACCCAUCCAGACUUGCAGGGGCGCCAAAAAUUAUCUACUUACCAGGAAAUAAAUGAUGUCUUGGGGCAAGCUCCCUCUCGUCCGAGAGCAGAUGAUGGAGCUGAGGGCGACUAUCGCGACAGGACUGCAGCUGGAGCGACAUCUAUGAUGACAAGUCCUGUUGUAUUAGAACCUCUUGCUAAUGAGAGUCCGAGCAAACCACAAGCGGUGGUCAUAGGGAUGGUCAGAGAGACCGAUGUGACCGGAAGAACUUCUGCCAAGGUCCUGAGGCUAGAUAAUCAAACUGAUGUCCACCACGAAAUAAAUAAUUUGUACACAAAUGAGGCUCACUCGUCUAACACAUCGUCUACUCAUAUAGCCUCACUGGAAGCAGUUGGUAAUUCUCAUCAAUUAAAUGCUAAUCUAAACAAUCAGCAAGUAUUUUACCAGUCCUUCCCUUCUAUUCAGUCCAACCCUGAACAGGUAAUAGAACUCAGUUCUCUUGUGUCAACUCCCAGCCCCGAGGUCACCGCCACCGAUCCUUCAAGCAUGACUGUAGGUCCCGCUUUACCUGUUGCUUUAGUUCCUCCUGUGCCUCAUUUGAUGUCAAGUGAUGUCAUAAACGACUUAUCCUCAAUUCCGCACACCACAGCUACGCCAAAAGUAUCUCGACCUAAUAUCCAAACUGCCAUUAAUCCAUCUGCACUGCAGUCUUCUCGAGCUUCCAGUUCAUCUUCAAGUGAACCUUCAUUCCCACCGCAUCAGAUCCUAACUUCUAGCGCACCUUUGCCUCCAGAAACUGGUAAUUCUGCUCAAAAUCCUGCCAGUUUACCGCUGCCUCUGUCAACUGUCAACUCGCCUCACAAUCCUGCCAGUUUACCGUUGCCCCCGUCAACUGUCAACUCGCCUCACAAUCCUGCCAGUUUACCGCUGCCUCUGUCAACUGUCAACUCGCCUCACAAUCCUGCCAGUUUACCGCUGCCUCUGUCAACUGUCAACUCGCCUCACAAUCCUGCCAGUUUACCGUUGCCCCCGUCAACUGUCAACUCGCCUCACAAUCCUGCCAGUUUACCGCUGCCUCUGUCAACUGUCAACUCGCCUCACAGUCCUACUUGUUUACCGUCGUCUCUGUCACCUGGCAAUUCUGCUCACAAUCCUGCCAGUUUACCGCUGCCUCCGUCAACUGGCAACUCGCCUCACAAUCCUACCAGUUUACCGUCGUCUCUGUCAACUGUCAACUCGCACUCUGAUGUCACGGGAGCGGUCGCCGGUCUCGGAGGUUGCGAGGUGCGGGGUAGCGAAACUCGGACGUCGUCAGCAGACUGCAGCACCAGCAUGAAGCUGUCACAGCUGCUGCAAGCGCCCACAUCAACACGGCCGCUCCUCUGCUCUCGUCCUUCACGUCAGAGGCCAGAAAGCUUUUCGUUGUCACGUCCAACCCAAGACUUGUCCUCUCGAUUCCCGAUACCCGCACGUCUGGAAACGAAUUCUCUUGUUGGGCCGGAUUGUCUCGUUUCUGCUGGUCCAGAUUCGGAUUUUUCUCCUGACUCUGAACCUGGCCAUCACUCCUGUAGAAAUAACGGAAAUAUGAUCCCGUCAUCGCCUGCUCUGUUUGAAAUUAAGCAAGAGCCUGUAACGUCGAGCGGCAUUACAGAAGCAGUACCUCUGCUAGACCAGCCCGCUUCUACCGUUUUGGAUUCAUCCUCGUGCACGACGCCGGGCAUCAGCAGCUGCAACACGACGCACGGCAGCUGCAACACGACGCACGGCAGCUGCAACACGACACACGGCAGCUGCAACUCGACGCACGGCAGCUGCAACACGACACACGGCAGAUGCAGUGACUGGAGCACCAGCAACGCAAUGCUGGCCCCACUUAACAAAGUUCACACCGGCUGUAAACAUCACGACAAAGUUACAGCCAAUCCUAAUCCCGCGUGUACCGAGAACUCGGCUGACAAUUCAGGCACGUCUUCCGUGAAUGUGGAUACCUUUCCGAACUCGAGAGCCCCUGCCGGGAAUAUUGAAAGUCCAAAAUCUGGUUCGUUAUGUGCUGCAGCAGGCAGCUCGCAAGGACCUCCUGUGACCCAAGAGUCUUCCAAAAUUACUCUCGUGAAGCCCGAAAUUAUCGAAGGCCACCCGAAAUUAUCGAAGGCCACACUCGUGAAGCCCGAAAUUAUCGAAGGGCCUCUUGACAGUUCGCAGGAACCUCCUACGAGCUCCGAGGACGCUACUUCGGCGCAGGAUUUUGAGCCGUUCUGCGUGCUGGAGGCGCUGAAGAAAAUACAAGUCCCCCAGGAGGACAGCGCUGACCAUACGACCACCAAGGGCGCUCCUGACGAGGCUGUGGACGACAUCCUGAACAGCGCUGUGGCGGCAGAGUUCUCGCCCUACGCCCUCGUGUUCGGCGGCGCCCCCCAAGGCGCCCCGGGGGCGCUGACGCCCCCCGAGCGCCACAAGCUCGCUGAGCUGCAGCGCGCAGACACCGCCAUGCUGGCGCCCCUCAGCGAGGACCAGGCCUACAAGAUGGACCAAAUGAACUCGUCGCUGCUGACGGUGAUCAACAUGACGGACAUCGCCAUACGGCGGCUCAUCCAAAUGUCUAAGCAACUCGCCGGGUUCUCGGGCCUCUGCACCGACGACCAGAUCGCGCUGCUCAAGGGCAGCUGCACAGAGAUGAUGAUCCUGCGCUCCGUUACUGCUUAUGAUGAGGAUAAGGAGGAGUGGAAGAUCCCCGAGCACCGCGACACGUACAAGUCCAUCAAGCUGAAGGUGAUCAAGGAGGCGCCUGGCAACGUGCACGUCUACGAGGAACACAAGCGCUUCAUCCUCGCCUUCAGGCCAGAGUGGCGGCAUGACCAGAACAUCAUGCUGCUCCUCUCUGCCAUCACGCUCUUCACGCCAUCCCGCCCUAACGUCCUGCACCCCAAGGCCAUCCAGCAUGAGCAGUGCUGCUACCUGCUGCUGCUCAAGCGCUACCUGGAGACGAAGCUGGGCGUGUGUGAGAGCAGGGCGGUGUACUGGGACCUGCUGGAGCGCAUCAACGACCUGCGUCGUCUCAACGAGAACCACGUCAAGCUCUACAUGCAAGUCAACCCUGAGGAGGUCCGCCCUCUCUUGAUAGAAAUAUUCGACCUCAAACAGCGGUGAAACUUGUAGAAAUAUUCGACCUCUAACAGCGGUGAAACUUGUAGAAAUAUUCGACCUCUAACAGCGGUGAAAC